AUGGACACUACGCAGGAGGGAGAAGCUGUCGAUAAGACACAUAAGACAUCCACCCAAGCCUCAGAGGACUCUGCACCUGAGCGUACUCCUGUCUGCGGCGUGAUUCCGGUGGUGGUGUUGUGUGGCUGGCUCAAGUGUGUAGUGCAGUGUAGUAUAGUGGGUGGUAGGGGUGGUGGUAGUGUGUGGGUGCAGUCAUCGCUGAUGCCCUUUGUUGAUCUGUUGGAGUCGCCGCAAUACAUUGCCGGUAGUCGGUUGCUGCGGAGCGUCGCAGGAUUGCUGGUGUGUGGGUUAAGGGGGCACAGUACAAGCAACCCGUCACGACUGCCUCGAGCCAUCAUCAACCGUGUGACUGUCAACCAAUCAAAUACAAGCUCAGUAGGCCCCGACCAAUCGAAUCCAAGCCCAGCAGGUCCCGACCAAUCGAAUUCAAGUCCGGUUAAACCGGCCACCGACCAGGGACCGGCACGCUCCGACCCGCCACCUCCAACGGAUAACACCGACGACUUGGCUCAGAUGCACACACACGCAAACCCACACACAAACACAUACUUUAACACACACACGCACGCACAAACACCUAAAACAGCGGAUGGGGUGGGUACAGACAAAGACCCGAUGUCUAUAGACCCCCCCCGUACAACGUCUGGGAGUGCGUGUGGGGGGUGGGAUGUGUACCUGCUUGCUGUGGAGGCAGCGCAGGAGGGGCAGUUCUCUCUGGCGCGGGAGCUGUUCAGAGGGUUGUGCAGCAAGGUGUGUGAGAAGUAG